CACCUGCAGAGGCAGUGGAGCCACUUGGAUUUUAUGGCACAGGGCAAAGAUGUCUUUUGCUACACCCAUGAAGCAGGGAAGAGCCCUCGUGUUCUUUAAUCCUGUACAAGGAAUAAGGGGUAAAGCGAAGAAGGCUGAGAUUGCUUAGCACAAAAAAUCUCCAGGGUGGCCACUAGUUUUGUCACCAUUUUGUGGGAGGGAUUAAAUCACAUACCAGAAAUUCAGGUUUGCACAAUUGCAACUGGGGUGCCAUUAAUUCACUUCUUUGAAAAAAGAAACCUGGACAUUUCCCAGUUAGACAGACACUAAAAAUUUGGGAUAACCAUUGAUUCAUGGAAGUUGUACAACAUCCCCAUAAAAAAAAUUAGAACAGAAUUCCACCCACCACCCAAUUACUGGAGAACAGGAAUACAACCAUUCCCACUUACUAGGGUAUAAUUAAAUGAAUUAUACAAGAGGACACCAACCUGUUGGUCAAGGGCCUUCCACAAGUUUUGGGUUCCUGCCCCUUGUGGUCCCACCCUCUCAUCCUCCAGGUGUUAACAUCAUCUGAGUUUGCACACUUAUUCUUGAUCUUCCAUCAAGUGUAGCAAUAAAAAAGGGGCUUAUUUUGACCUUACCUGACAAAUGAAUCUCACUGCGUACAAGCAACAAACCAAGCGUUAAAGCUUUCCCUGGACUGCGCUAUUUUAGGCUGCAGGUGAAGGGUUGAAUAUUUGAGUUCUCUCCCAUCUUAAAUAAAUCCACCUUCCUGCAUGAAGGAAAUGCUUCCACCUGUAGCCUGAAGCAGUUUAGCCCCCCAAAAUGUCUUGCUACUGUACUUGACUCUGCUGAACGUAUGAACUAUCCCUAGCAGGAUUAACCCCCGAUACGUUGCUGCUUGAAGUGGAACAUCUAAGCACCACUCCUUCCCACUAAUAAACAAACAGGAGGCGUAAGUCACUAGGAAGUUCUUCUGCACAAGUGUGAAUAAAAUAAAUGGGAGCGAUGCAAGAGCCCAAGGGUACCCCUGCAAAGCUCCCAUGCAUUUCAGCAGCAGCUUGUGCUGGAUAAUUUCCCACUGACUGUGGCCUGAUCUCUGAGGCUGCAAACUCUCCUCAUUUAGAACAGCAUCUAAGAACUUUGGCUUGUUUGCGGUUUUCAGGCUUUUCCUCCUUUCUUUUCUUUUUUAAAGAACAUGCCUCCAUUCAUGGCUAAUGAGAGUUUCUACGAAUCUGAGGACUCCUUCACGUUACAACAUAUGGAUUCUGUGUCUAUUGGAUCUCUGCUCAUCUUCUUCAUCACCUUUCUCCUGGGCCUCCCCGGAAAUGGCUUGGUAAUCUGGGUCGUUGCUCUGAAAAUGAAGCGAACGGUGAACACGGUUUGGUUUCUGCACCUUGCCGUGGCUGACUUUGUGUGCUGCCUGUCCCUGCCAUUCUCCAUUGUCCACCUGGCGCUGCAUCAGCAGUGGCCUUUCGGGUGGUUUUUCUGCAAGAUUAUCCCGUCUGCCAUCAUCUUCAACAUGUUUGCCAGUGUCUUCCUCCUCACCACCAUCAGCAUCGACAGGUGUCUUGUGGUGAUGAAGCCUGUCUGGUGUCAGAAUCACCGGACAGUAAGGUUCGCAUCCGUGGUCUGUGGUGUUACCUGGUUCCUAGCUUUCAUUAUGUGUUUUCCUGCUUUCUUCUAUCGCGAAAUCUCCAUUGAUGAAUCGGGCAAUGCCAGGUGUGUCUACAAUUGGCACGGUGAGGAAUAUGAGGAAGGAUGGCCAGAUUAUUUGUUUCCCAGCAACGAAGAGUUUUCUAGUCAACGUCCUACCUUUGUGGCUGGUAGCUAUGAAGAUAUUUUCACAGACGGAAUUUUGGAUGUGUAUUCUGAGUACCAUAUUCUUAAUACAGACAAAAGCAAGGCUUGGUAUUCCAGCACACCAAGCACUCUUGGCACUAAUAGAGAUAGAGAUUCAUUGACGGUGGAAGUCACCAGCCCAAAAUACGUGUCACACGAAUCUUCCCACCCAGCUACUGCCAUAUCCAAUGUUAUUUAUUCCAAUCUUCCCGACUAUUUUCUUUUUGGCAAUUACUCUGGCAACCUCCCGAUUAGCAAUGACUCAAUGGCAAUGCCCUUUUAUGAUGAGCUGCCAAGCGUUCUUGUGUCCAUUACUGUCACCCGAAGCAUCUUUGGUUUUCUCCUCCCCUUCGGAAUCAUGGCUGCCUGCUACGUCCUUAUUGCCCUCAAGAUGCUCAGAAACCAAUUUGCAAAGUCCCGUGUGAAGGCUUUGCGGGUGAUCCUGCUUGUGAUAGUCACUUUCUUUCUCUGUUGGGCUCCUUAUCAUGUCAUUGGGGUGCUGUAUCUCCUGGCUAACCCCAGCACAGCACUUUAUGAAACACUGGCUUUGUGGAACCAUGUUUCCACAGCAUUGGCCUAUGCCAACAGCUGCAUCAACCCACUUCUUUAUGUGUUUGUGGGGAAAAAAUUCAGGGAAAAAGCACGCCAGACGGUGCAAGGGAUUUUGGAAGGGGCGUUCAGUGAGGAAGGAACAUGCUCCACUGCCUUCUCCCAGGAAAGAAGCAAGUCUACAGUUGACCAUGAUAUUGAUGUUUCCGCCCUCUAAAAUGGAGCUUCCAGGCAACUAAACUGUCCUUGCUACUGUGGGUUCUUGAUUGGCACAGAUGUGGCCACUUUGAAUUAGUAUCUGGAGCUCUUGCAUAUGCAGAGAGCAGCCACACCUUGUGAAUCCCCUUUGUACUGCGGUGUGAGGGGGUCAAGUGAAGUUCUGGGUUACACCACAGAAGGGAGACGGGGACAACUGCCUAUCUUUGCAACAUGUGUGGUGGUGGUGGUAUCCAAAUUUGUCAAAAAAUUUUCUAGCACUGCAAAUGUGCCCUACAGUAUUACUUGACUUGUUAUAUAUAUUUUUUCCCUGUUGAUAAAUGGAAGUAGCAUAGCCAUGUAUGACGAGCCAGAAUAAGCUUUAGCGGUGGCACAGAAAUCUUGCAAGAAGUGUCAGCAGCUUUGUUUUGUAAGUGGUCUGCAUUCACCAAAAACUGUCAAAGAAAACUGGAGGCAGUGCUUAAAGCUAAAAGCAAAGCAGGGAAGAGGUAGGCAAGGGUUGAGCCUACGUUCUGCAAGCAGAUCUAGGAGGAAAGCCCCUUCCCUUAACUUUAGGUGGGAACGGCUGCUCAACAGAAAGGAAAAGGUAGUCAAAAGGGUGGUG